GAUUGGUUGUUUACCAUUCUUAAAAUGGUGGUCAGAUGUCAUUUUUGAUGAACUAAUUGUCAAAUUUCAUGUGAUUUUAAAAAUAAAGUGUUUUGUAUAGGUUUUUCGGGGUUGUCUUUAAUUUUUAAAAAAUGGACAUUGAUAACGGCCCUUCAGAGGGUUCUGGAAAUGGAACAAUGGAAAUUGAACAGUCAUUAUUGCAACAGUUCAGUUGUAUGGGUACAACUGAUAAGGAUGAAUUGGUACAACAAUUGCAAAAGUUACUAGGGAGUAGUUUAAACUAUUCGACGGCUGCGUUUUUCCUGGAUAUGAACAAUUGGAAUCUUCAAGCUGCUGUUUGUUCCUAUCUGGAUAUCGAAUCGUCAACAAAAUUACCAUCAAUGGCCCUUGUACAAAAUCCAGUAGCUAGCGAAUCUGAAAGUAUAGAACCAAAUACAAGUUUUCAAAAAGUAUGGCAUAUGUUUAAUAACGGUACAGAACAGUGGCCCCAAGGUUGUUACGCUCAAUGUUCAGACGGUAAUAAUUUGAACGGGGGCAGAGUCCCAGUCCCGGCUCUAAAACCCUCAGAAGACACCCAUUUGACCGUCCGGAUGACCAGUCCUCCAUCGCCAGGCGUGUAUCAAAGCAAAUGGAGGCUGUGUACCGAAAAGGGGGCUUAUUUCGGGGAUCCCAUGUGGGUCAUAGUCACGGUUGUGGAAGAAGGAACAAUGGCGCUCACCCAACAAUUGUCAAGUUUUAGCGAAUUGGGGGCGUCGCCCCCGGCUCAAGUAGCCUAUAAUCCCUUUAUUCCGCAACGAUCUCAUUUAGAACAAACUCAGGACACGACCCCUCCACCCGGGGGUAGAGACAUGUGGUAGUGACUUUAGUGCCAAGGAACGUAACACCAGAGUGUUAUGGUACAAAUAAUUAGGAAAUAUUACGAAAUUUUAAUUUUUUCGAGUUUUAAUAGUCAAAACGAAAUUCUAUUUUUUCAGAUGUUGGAUGAUAUUAAUACGGAAUAUUUUUUAUAUACAUAUAAAUAUUUGUAAAAA